AGUUCAUAUUGAUAACGCUUGAAUAUCAAAUCACGCGGACUCCCCAUGGUAGUCCAACAUGAAGUCGGAAAGAGGCGUAUAAAAGGAAUGAAGACGUCAUGUAAAGCAGUAUAGUAUGUCUUACAGCGGAUAUGGUCACGUGGUUGAGUCAUGUCCUCUCAAUAAGACAGAGUUUACAGUAGCCGCGACCAGACUGAACUGUGCCGUCGAUACGAAUGGAAAUAAUCAGUAUACAUGUGUUCCUAAGUUUGAUUUGACGGCAAUAGUAGAGUUCUGCUACAAUUUCACAGUGGCAUUGUACCCGAAAGGCAAUUGUCUAGGGGAGAUAAAGAAUGGACACCUGGACACAAUCAACUGUAGUCAAUUCACGGAUGGUUGUCCAAAUGACUAUUACACAGGAAAUGAACUGUAUAGAUUUCCGGCUUGCUUCCAACUCAAUACAGAACAGCGUUGUUUCUUUGCAGACCCCUCUUGUCCGAACAAAACGAGAACCUUUACUACUGAGGAUGGAACGACUCCCACAGCAACAUUGACGAGCGUCCUCAAUACAACAACAAAUAUCACGAGUACACUUACAACGCCUGUAGAACAAGGAUCGGCCGAUGUCGGGGUGAUCAUUGCAAGUGUCUUGUCCGUCGUCUUUGUACUUGGCAUUUUACUAGCUGUCGUAAUCUGGAGAUGUAGAAGGAGAAUAUACUCAAGCCUACCCGGAGAAGAUCCAAAGCCGGUUCAUUGGGACAAAAAUCAAGAGCAGGUCGAAAUUGACAAAGAUCCAGAGCAGGUCGAAAUUGGUAAAGUUUUACUAAAGAUACUUAAUUUUACUUGUAACACACAAUUCGAUUGCUUCAUUUGA